GGAGCGGCGGGGCGGGAAAGAUCACGGUCGAGGACGGCGGGAGGGGUGAUGCCUGGCAGGGCUGCUCCCAUUACCGACACGGCGAAGGUGAGGACGGUGGGAAGAGUUUUGCCGACCAUGUUGGCGAGUCCUUGACGCAACGCUUAGUCGUCGAAUGGUAAGAUGGAGUGGUCUUGGUGCCCGCAAUCUGGAGGUCAGACUUAUUCAGCAACAAGAAGAAGAGGGCGAGUACCCCGUGGCACCGCCUUUCUCUCGAGAGAGAGGUGUUCGUUCGUGUGGCCAGAUUUAUAGGGGUAGCUCCAAGGCCAGGACGAAGGAGUCAAUAGCCGUCAGGAGGUCGCCACCCAACCUUACCCGGAAACUUGCAGUCUUGUUGGCUGGACUUUACCCGCUAGAUCGGGUUGAUCUUUCUUUCCUCUGCCUUUCUCUUCUUUCUCUCGGAAAGAACGACUCCGAGGUUGCCUCCUUGACAUCUGGCCAUGCGUGUGGGUGGUACGACUCAUACUCAGCGGCCCUUUUAUCGGUGGAUCAGGGCAACAGGCCAAGUCAUGAAAGCCGGGCAAGCAAGCAAGCAGACCAGACCUCCCGGGGCGCAAUGGCCAAUGGCUUUCUCAGAGCCCGGUCAAGCAGCAACAGCCUGCGAUGCUCAGUCACGUCGAGAAGACACAAGAGAGUCGGGGCCGGCCGUCAUACGGAGGACACACUUUCCUCGUUACACGGCGAGAGAUUCGCUUACCAGAGGGAGGAGGGAAUAGGGUGGCGAGAGGUCAAAGAAAGCAAGCAAACUGCGUGUGAACGUGACUCUUGGUCAUUUCUGUUUAUCGGGCAACACUCAUCCGAGUCAACGCCAGCGAAGCGGAUCGGACUGGGUCAUACAGACUCAGCAAACUAUCUACACUGCCAAUCAAUGCCGAGCAAUGUGAUACGCACUGAGGGAGAUGACAUCAAAUUCUCUACUCUCUGAAUCCAUGGUGUUCCUGCGAUCAAGUAUGGGAUUAGGACGGGGGUUGUAUGUACAU